AUGGACAAAAACAUGUUGUUGGAGACAUUUAUACAGAUGAGUGAAGCAUCUGAAAAGCAAAAUUCGACGUCUUUGGCCAAUUUGUCCUUCCUCAGUGUUCUCAAUCUCGAGAACAACAACUUCUGCAGUGGCAUCCCUUAUGAACUUGGCCACUUGCCUCGCUUGCGAGUGAUUGAUAUUCAAAACAAUCAGCUCAACGGAAGUAUACCAACAAGUCUAUUUCAACACCGGAGAGUUCAAGUAAUUUUAUUGGCUUUCAAUGAACUCGGUGGUGAAAUGUGGAAAGGGCCAUGGUAUGUACCCGAACUCAGAGUCUUGGAUCUCACCAACAAUAACCUCACGGGUAUGAUCCCUCCUUCUGUUGGAAAUGCCACAAAAAUGAUGAACUUCAGUUUGUUUGGGAAUAGAGUCAGCGGCAACAUUCCAAAGGAGGUCGGUAAUAUGAGCCAACUUGCAGACUUGUCCUUGACUGAUAAUCAAUUAACAGAACUGUUUAAUAUCUCGUCGCUACUUGCCGUAUCUCUGGCAAACAAUAGCCUUUCUGGUCCUCUCUUGCUAGAUGAAGGCAAUAUUGUGACGAAUCUGUACUUUUUAAGUAUAUCUGACAACCAAAUUUCUUGUUGCAUUCCUUCCAACAUAUGCCAACUCACAGAGCUCAAAGUUUUGUCCGUAUCUUUCAACAAUAUAACUGGAGACAUACCCAAAAAUAUUGGUUGUUUAUCCGAGCUCCAUGAGUUUUAUAUUGGUGAUAAUCUAAUAAAAGGGACUAUUCGCACUUCAUUGGGAAAUAUUUCCACUAUGCAUAAUCUUAAUUGUGGAAACUAUCGCAUAGUGGGGCAAAUUCCUCUGGAAUUAGGGAAGCUAUCAAAUUUGAGGAAAUUAAAGUUUGCCCAUAAUUCUAAUCUAAUUGGUGAAAUUCCAGAGGCUAUUUUCAACAUCUCUUCUUUGGAAGGGAUCGAUUUCAGUUUCAACAACCUCUCAGGGAGAAUUCCAACCACUACAGGUCUUCAUCUCCCCAACCUUGAAGGACUUUACUUGGGAGUAAAUCAGUUCAAAGGAGAAAUUCCAUUGUUUAUAACAAAUGCUUCCAAGCUUCAGCUACUGGACCUAAGUUAUAACUUUCUGACAGGAACUAUUCCUACUAAUUUGGGAAAUCUUCGUGAGCUGCAAAUACUGCUCCUAUAUAAUAAUCAACUUACCAAUGAAUCAAGAGAGCGUGAGUUGUUAUUCUUCAAUUCUUUGGCGGACUGUAGGAUGUUGAGAGAUCUAGAAGUGGGUUCCAAUCCGUUAAAUGGCGUUCUGCCCAAUUCAAUUGGGAAUCUUUCAUCUACUAUUCAUAACUUUAAUAUAGAAGAUGCACACAUCAAUGGCCUCAUCCCCAAAAGUAUAGGCAACAUGACCGGUCUUACAAUCCUAAGCCUUAGAGGAAACAACUUAGCGGGAAGCAUUCCUUCUGAGAUUGGUAAGCUUAAACAACUCCAAGGGCUGUAUCUAAGUAACAAUAAAUUGCAGGGACAUAUUCCAGAGGCGGUAUAUCAUUUAUCUAAUUUGGUUGAAUUAACUCUGCAAGUUAAUGAGCUCUCUGGAUUAAUUCCAGAAUGCUUAGGAAAUCUAAGCAUGCUACAACAUCUUUUUUUGGAUUUUAAUAAAUUUUCUUCAAAAUUUCCGUUGAGCCUUUGGAAGAUGAGUGGUCUUCUCUAUCUAAGUGUGUCACGAAAUUCAAUAGAGGGAGAAGUUCCAUCAGAUAUUGGAGGACUGAAAGCCAUUGUAGAACUAUAUCUUUACAAUAACCACUUUUCAGGAAGGAUACCAAGCACAUUCGGGGAACUCCAAAACCUGCAGUAUAUUGACUUGUCGAACAAUUCAUUUUUUGGCAAAAUUCCAUUAUCCUUUGCCAACUUGAUAAGCUUAGAAUGCUUGGAUUUGUCUUCAAAUGCGUUGUCAGGUACUAUUCCUAAGUCUUUGGAAAAACUCUCAUACCUUAAAAGAAUUAAUGUUUCAUUUAAUGAUUUAGAAGGGGAAAUACCAAGUGGUGGCGUGUUUGCAAAUUCCACUUUGCAAUCAUUUCUUGGGAACAAAGGUCUUUGCGGAAUGCACAUACUGGAGAUUCCUGCUUGUGCUAUCACUAAUCCUGGAAAACAAUCAAAGCUUAAGGAGAUUCUGCUAAAAAUUGUUACUCCAGUGAUUAUUGCAUCCUUUCUGAUAUUCUUGUUGGUUUCAAUUUGGAUAAUGAAACGACAUAAGAAAGGGAAGUCCAAAGAUGUAGAGAAGGUACCAGAGAUCGGGACUCAUCAAUUUGUUUCUUAUCACGAGAUUCGACUAGCAACAAAUAAUUUUGAUGAAUCCAAUUUAAUUGGUGAGGGAAGCUCUGGCUCUGUGUACAAAGGCACAUUGUUUGGUGGAACUGCAGUGGCCAUAAAGGUUCUCGAUUUGGAAAAUGAGCAAGUAUCCAAAAGCCAACAUUCUUUUGGAUGA